AAAAAGGCGGAUAUUAUUUUCAUUCUCCCACACAAACUAAAAGAUAACACAUAAUAUUCUCUCUCCUUGAUCCAAAGCUGAAAGAGCUUCCACCGUGCAACACAUACCACUCUCUCUCCAACGAGUGUCCUUCCUUCCUUCUCGAAAGAGCUUCCACCGUCCUUCUACUCCAAAACUGAAAUCCAAACCAGCUUCUUUCUUCGGUCAAAAUCAAAGUCAGAAGUCAAUCUCUCUCUCCCUCUCUCUCUCUCGAAAUCGAAGUCGGAAUCGAAGUAAGAAGUCGGAAUUGAAGUUUGAAUGGAAGUCUCAAUUGAAAGAGCCUUCUCUCUUUCUUCUCUGAUUCUGCUUUCCUUCAAGGAGCAUCCGUCGUGGUUGCCGCCGUUGUCUCUGUUUUCCUUCAAUAACGAUAAUAUGCAUGUGUAUCAACUCUGCCCUUCAUUCCAAGUCAAAAUCAAAGUCAAGUAUAAUCCCAUGGAUGAAAACAAAGUGUCCUAUGCAAACGAAUGGCAUUGGCUUUGGCUAUUUUGUCAUGCAAUUUAUGAAAGAGAUAAUAUUGGCAAAUCAAGACAUGAUCCCCGAAAAUGUAUUACUUUGGAGAUUACAAAUGUAAAACCUAUUCUAAAGAUAAGCUAGUUCAGGUCGAGGAGGAUUGGGCAACCUUUAUGGUCGAGUAUCUUAGAGACUAUAUUGUUGAUAGACUUAAACCGCAAUUGGUUGUGCUGGACUAUAUAGCUUGUCACGAGUCUUCUUAAAUUUAGGUGUUUUUUUUGUUGAUAAUUAAUUGUGGCUGCUUUUAGGAGUUUUUUUUUACUUUUUUUUAUUGGCAAUUGUGGAUUGACUAGUAUUAUGCCAUUCAUAAUUAAAUUUAUGAUCAAUUUGUAAUGAGAUUAUCAUAAAUGUAAUUUGCUAUAUUCAUAUUUCAGUAUCUUAUUAUAGCA